AUGAACCAGGGUAUUACUUCGAAUUCCGAAUACAUCGCAGCUUAUAAGCUUAUACUCAAAGACAAAGAAGCAACAAUCAAUCAUUCGAAUGAUAUUGUUGAAGUUUACAAUUUUCUUGCUGACCUUUCUGAGAAUGGAAAUCACGAAAUGAUGGCGAAAGCUUGUGAAGAUGGACUUUGGAAAAAGGAAUCAAACGAUACAUUUAAUAUACUUCAUCUUGCAUGUCGCAAUGGAAUUUUUCAACUCGUUAAUUCUCUUAUACUCUGUGGCUGUGAUAAAGAAUCACAAACUAAAUAUGGAUACACUCCACUCAUUAUUGCAUCAUGCUUUGGUAAACUUGAAAUUGUUAAAUAUCUUAUCUCUAUUGGAGCUGAUAAAGAAGCAAAGGAUAAAUAUGGAUACACUCCACUCAUUAUUGCAUCAGGAAAUGGUCAUCUUGAAGUUGUUAAAUAUCUUAUCUCUAUUGGAGCUGAUAAAGAAGCACGCAAUAAUGAUGAAUAUACUCCGCUCAAUUGUGCAUCGAUUAAGGGUCAUGAGGAAAUUGUCAAAUAUCUUAUCUCUGUUGGAGCUAAUAAAGAAGCAAAGUAUUAUGAAAGAAAAACUGCACUUACAGUGGUCAAAGAUAAUGUGAGAAACUAUUUAUCUUCAUGGAUCAAAAACACCUUGGAUUCAAUUUAA